CAAAUAGCCACCAUUUCAGUCAUGCUCGAGACAUAAUUGGUAGAUCCAACAUCCAAGAAGAUGACAAUAUCUUCUUUCUCCUCUUUCAGAAUCUGCCACAACAGCUGGUAAUGUGCUGCUUCCAUGGUCACAUACAACUUCAUCACUGUGGGGGCAAAUUCUAGGCGGCAAUGAAGGCCGUCAGCAUCUCAUUGAAUGACGACUUCAUCCUUAUCUUUAAAUUUGGGCCGCCGAGGUCAAGUACUGAUAUUCAUGUAAAACGAAGGCGGGGCAUCAAUGUUGUACAGCAUUUUUAGUUGCGUAAAUGUGGGGAAUUUUGGUGAUUAUUUUCAAUUCUGUCUUAUAAUCGUGUUCAUUUAUUAACUCCGAAAGGAGAAAGGAGGACAGCAAUAUUCGUUACGUUCGUAAGUGUAAGAGAAAUUUGGUGAUUCUUCCAUUAGGUCCGCUUAAAUCCACCGAAUGCCACCUCUGGAUCGGCAGUCUGGUUUUGGGCAGCAUCUCAAUGAUGGGGUCGUCAACGUUAUUAUUCAUUGCUUUAUUUCUUUUAGCUACAUUAGCGCAGUGUAAGUGGCAUUCGGUGAACAAAUGCUCUAGAAAUGGUGUACCUUGAGUUUCUUUCAAUUUCCCAACUAUCAGUUAUGAUGCAAUAUUAUUGAUUUUUAAAGAAAGUGUUAACAAAACAAAGUGAAUUGAUGCUAAAAUCAAGGUUUUGAAAAAGUUUCCAAUUUAUCAAUGUCAUUAUCAGGUUUCAAUACCCGUUACAAAAGAGAGGAUUCAGAACAAGACCUUGAAGCAGGACCGCCGCUGGUGUUUGUAAGAAGUGUGAGAGGGGAAUGUGCAGGAAUCCUUAUCACGGAGAAUAUCAUUAUUGCUUCUGCUCGCUGCGCGUAUAACAACAAUUCAACAGUGGUUAUCAUUACGAAGCAAAACGUUCGCCACGUUACGUUUGACGGUUAUAAUAGGCAGAAUGAGCUACAAUUAAGUCAUGUGAUUACACAUCCAAGUUAUAAUGAAACCCUCGGAACGCAUGACAUUGCUUUAUUGAAGUUUGAGAAACCCAUUCAUGUCCAAAACAACGUUAUACCUUCCUGUUUAUGGCUCGAAGAUGAAACAAUUCCUCCAAAGCCAAUGAUUGCUGAGUGGCGAAAUUGGAAAGCGAGGAAGUUGACCAGAAAAGAGCUGAAGAAGAUAGCGGAUAGUUCUAAUUGCAUUCGAUACCUUCAACCGAUGCCACCUACCUAUAGAAAAUAUGAUAUAGCAGAUUAUCACUUAUGCGUCCUAGCGAAAGUAAACCACCUACACCCAUCAGCAUUACUUGGGCCGCUGUAUACGGAUUUGAUUUACGAUGGAUAUAUUAUUCCAUUUGUGGUUGGUUUUAACUCCGUUCAUUUAGAAGGAUUAUAUAAUCUUAACAUUUUCGUUCGAGUUUCGAAGUUUGUCGAAUGGAUAAAAAGAACAAUCCACGAUCUCGGAGAGGAAUUACCACUAUUUGAUCCAAUUGCUUGCGCUAAAGAAUAUUUAGAUCAUCACCGUAGGAUCAAAGGCAGUUUACCUUUGGAGAAAAAUUAUUCAAUUAAAUAUAUGGUGCAAUUUCAAGAAAAUCCUGAAUCAGGCCAGAUAAGCGAUUGUGUGGGAGCAUUGAUAAGAAAGGACAUGGUGAUUACGUUGGGACAAUGUGCGGCUAAUUUAAUUGCUCUUUAUUCCCGUGUAGUUUUAUCCGAUUCAUCCAAGAUCACGAUAUGGAGUAUCUUUCUUCAUCCUGACUAUACGGAAGGUUCACUUUACAACAAUAUUGCAUUGGUGAAGCUUGAAAAAGAAACUUUAAUCACACCAGUCACGUUGACUUAUGACCACGAAGAAGAUGAUGUAAAACUGUCGCUGUAUGGUAAACAAAGAACCAACAACAUGGGAUUUGAAGUUUCAGAUGGUGUGCCAGUUAGAGCGCAAGAACUAUCGAUGCUUUUGAAUUACCAGUGUAACCCGACCGAGGAACAAGCUGCUCUGCUUACUAAGGGCCUACAGCUCGAACAUGUAUGUCUGCAAAAGGAUGAAUCGCUUGUCCCGGGUAGCUGUGUGGCAGAACCAGGAACUCCGUUUGUUCAUGCGGAUAGCUCUCAAUUCUCACCAGGAUUGUACAUGCUUGGAAGACAUUGCGGCUUUGGGCAACCGGCAAUUGCCGUAAUUUUUUUGGCCCACGAGAUCUGGAUAAAUUCGAUCUUAGAUUCUCUAUUCCAAAAAUCAGACAUACUAAUCAUUUCUGAUGUUAGCGAUUCGAUGUACCCAGAUGGUACCAGCUGCAAAUGUGUGGCUCCAACACGGUGUUCCAACAUAAACGAGCGAGUGAAAAAAAAGUUACCAAUUUUUUUCUGUAUGGAUAGGUCGAUUGUUUGCUGUCCACUGGAAAGCAUAGAGGACGAAUUCACCUUCGCAAUUAAUCGAUCCUAGAUGAGUUUCAUAGUCGGAAAGCGAACAACCCGGCUAACGAACUUAAUCGGCUCUAAUUCAUGAAUUGGAUAAAAAUAUACAUAAUGUUCAUGCCUCUUGAAAUACAAGUCAUAAAACAUCAAUGCAUAAAUAAUAUUUGCGAUAACAUUUUCUUACCUUUCAAGCGAUACAUUGCGAAAUACAGCGCUCUUGAUUACAUCCCAUUAAUCAUUCAUAUCAACUUCCCCUUACUUUCUCAAUCCUUAUCAUUAAACCUAAGAUACCACAUUCCGUGUGUGAUUCAAAAUUAUUUAUUUAACCAAGCGUGGAUGAAUGGAAGCUAGCGGAUAGAUUCAUUUUCUGGAACGAAACGGAACGGAUGGCGAAGAUGCAGAUGCGAACAAAUGAGAAGAGAAGUGAAACGACCGUACUGCACGUAAUAGUGGAUCAUUGCGACCAACUGAAGUUUGAC